CAGUGGCACACACGAGAUGUAGCCUCUAGGAGCUAUAUAAAGAAAGAGUGGUGCCCGGCGGGAUCAGUUUACUCGAGGGGGGGUGGGGGGUCGCCCAUUUCGGGAACCCGGGGCCUCAGCCCCCCAGUCCCGACUGUUCCAGGGCACCGCUCGUAUCAGAUUCGGCCAGGUAGCGUAGACCAACAAAGCCGCCAAGAUGGACGCGAUCAAAAAGAAAAUGCAGGCGAUGAAGAUGGAGAAGGACGCCGCCAUGGACAAGGCGGACACCUGCGAAGGACAGGCAAAGGACGCUAACUCACGCGCUGACAAGGUCCUUGAGGACGUUCGGGAACUCGCCAAGAAGCUAACGCAAGUAGAACAGGACCUGGAGAACAACAAGAAGGCUCUGGAACAGGCAACCAAGGACCUGGAGGAGAAGGAAAAGCAGCUGACACAGGCUGAGGGUGAAGUAGCAUCCCUCAACAGGAAGGUCCAGAUGAUUGAGGAGGACCUUGAAAGAUCAGAAGAAAGAUCCACACAAGCGCAGUCCAAGCUGGCAGAGGCUUCACAGGCAGCCGACGAAGCCAAGCGAAUGUGCCAGGUGUUAGAGAACCGCAGCAAGCUCGACGAGGAGAGGAUGGAUCAGUUGACGAACCAACUGAAAGAGGCUAGGAUGUUGGCUGAGGAUGCCGACAGCAAGUCUGAGGAGGUUUCACGGAAGUUGGCCUUCGUUGAAGACGAGCUUGAAGUAGCUGAGGACCGUGUAAAAUCUGGAGACUCAAAGAUCAUGGAACUGGAAGAAGAAUUGAAGGUCGUCGGUAACAGCUUAAAGUCUCUGGAAGUCUCAGAAGAAAAGGCCAACCAGCGAGUAGAGGAAUACAAGCAACAAAUCAAGCAACUCUCCGUCAAGCUCAAAGAAGCUGAGGCUCGUGCAGAGUUCGCCGAGAAGACCGUCAAGAAACUGCAGAAGGAGGUCGACAGGCUGGAAGACGAUGUCCUGAAGGAGAAGGAAAUCUACAAGGACAUGGUCAACGAUAUUGAUCAGACCUUCUUGGACAUGGCUGGAAUCUAAUUUCAAUAUCACGAAAUUAAUUACAAAGUUCCUCGACCUCUCUAUUAUUUUACCCAUUUUGUUUUCUUACAAAAUGUUACUAAUAUUUCUUACAAAACUCUUGGGUAUUGAACAUACAUCGUCAUGCCAUCUUUAUGAAUUUUCUCCACCCCUAGAAAUUGGUUAUGAAGAGAUCUGUAUUUAUGAAAGACAUGUUUUUAGAAACAAUAUGCAAUAUAGUUCGGGAACAGUUUGGAACGCGAAUAUGGAGUUUCAAUAUUUGCUGAUAAAUUAUUGAAACGUUGUCGAGAAAAGUGGGCAAGUUAUUUAUGUAAGGUUGUUUGCCUGCAGAAUGUGUUAUUGAAUGUUUUCUGAAACACGUGAAACCUGGAAUAAGUAAACUUUACGUACUAAAUUAUUCUGAGCCAAUGAAAAACUUGACCAGAUAUUUUAUAGGCCUACUGUUUAUUCCACAACUACCAACCCUACACUAUUCCUUGUUAUAUAUUUUGAUAAUCUGUAAAUAUAGUUUUCCCCUUAAGAAAACGGUUUUCUGGAAAGUUCUAGUUGAAGUGUGGUAAUUUAAAAUCCUAAGCAUUUAUUGUAUACAUAUUUUAGAGUUUGUUGGUUUAAAGACAUAUAUUUAUUUACUAAAAUGUGAGUUUGAAAUAAAGAUUUGUGUGAAAAA